AUGGAAAAUGAAUUAUGUGAGAACCAGAUUAAAUGUAUAACACCAACUAAAAUGAUUGAUUUUCCUGAUGAGAUGAUGCUGAAAAAGAAAGAAAAAACAUCACACUACUGUAUUAUCUGUAAUAAAUCAUUCUCUCGAAAAGGCAACUUGACUACUCACAAGCGUGUUCAUACAGGUGAGAAACCAUAUAAUUGCUAUAUCUGUCAUAAGUCAUUUUCUCAAGAAAGUUCCUUAACUACCCACAAACGCAUUCAUACUGGAGAGAAACCAUAUCGCUGUGAUAUUUGUGGUAAAUUAUUCUCUCAUGGAAUUACCUUAACUAAUCACAAACGUAUUCAUACAGGGGAAGAACCAUAUCUGUGUGAUAUCUGUGGUAAGUCAUUCUCUCAAGAAAGUGCCUUAACUACUCACAAACGCAUUCAUACAGGAGAGAAACCAUAUCAGUGUGACAUAUGCGGUAAAUCAUUCUCUGCUAGAAGUCAGUCUGCCACUCACAAACGUAUUCAUACAGGUGAAAAACCACAUCACUGUGAUAUCUGUGGUAAAUCAUACUUUACAAGGAGUCAUUUAACUGCUCACCGACGUAUUCAUACGGGAGAGAAACCAUAUCACUGUGAUAUUUGUGGUAAAUCAUUCUCUGUAGGGACUAAAUUAAAUAAACACAAAUACAUUCAUACAGGAGAGAAGCCAUAUCACUGUGAUAUGUGUGGCAAAUCAUUCUCUGAUGGAGGUAACUUAACCAAACACAAAUAUAUUCAUACAGGACAGAAGCCAUAUCACUGUGAUAUCUGUGGUAAGUCAUUCUUUCAAAGAGUUCACUUAACAACUCACAGACGUAGUCAUACAGGGGAGAAGCCAUAUCAUUGCGAUAUCUGUGGUAAAUCAUUCUCUGAAAGAAGUUACAUUACCACUCAUAAACGUAUUCAUACAGGGGAAAAACCAUAUCACUGUAAUAUUUGUGGCAAAUCAUUUUCUCAGACAAGUGAAUUAACAACUCACAACAGACGUAUUCAUACUGGAGUGGAACACAGCCAAACAAAAAAGCAACCAUAUCAAUGUGAUAUCUGUGGUAAAUUAUUCUCUGAACCAAGUUACUUAACCUGUCAUAAACAUAUUCAUACUGGAGAGAAACCCUAUCACUGUGAUAUCUGUGGUAAAUCAUUCUCUGCAAAAAGUUACUUAUCUAAACACAGACAUAUACAUACAGGAGAGAAGCCAUUUCACUGUGAUAUCUGUGGUAUUUCAUUCUCUCAAGCAGGUCACUUAACUACUCACAAACGUAUUCACACAGGAGAGAAGCCCUAUAACUGUGGUGUGUGUGGUAAAUCGUUCUCCCAAACCAGUCAUUUAACUAUUCACAGACGUAUUCACACUGGUGAGAAACCAUAUCACUGUGAUAUUUGUGGUAAAUCAUUCUACCAAAAUAGUGAUGUAACUAAACACAAACGUAUUCACACAGGAGAGAAACCAUAUCAUUGUGAUAGUUGUGGUAAAUCAUUCUCUGAAGGAAGGUUCUUAUCUAAACACAAACAUAUUCAUGCACAAAAAAGAAAGCAAGUUAUCUCAUUGAUAUCUGGGGUAAGUCAAUCUCUGUAACAAAUGAAUCAACUACUUUUAAAUGUAUUCUGUAAAGUCAUUGGCAAAUAAACACAAUGUACAGUAAGGCAAACUCAUUGGUACUGCUGGGGACAAUAUAACUUCUCUAGUACUGAUGCCAUGGAAAAGCAGAUGUAAAAAAUUAUGAAGAUGAAGCAUUCAUACAAGACAGAAAGUAUAUCAAUAUGAUAUCAGCAGUUCAAAGUUUUUCUCAAAGUAGUUUAUGCAUUCAUUGAGGAGUGUAAUUGUAACAAAUGUGAAAAUUCAUCCCAGAAAAUAUAACCAUAAAAGUAAUCACAUAUGAAAUAAUAGUGUGGUAACAAUCUUCCAACACUAUAUUAUAUAUAUGUAUAUGUAUAGCCACAAUUGUAUCUACAUUGAUCAGAUAAUUUGAUGACUGUGAUGUUUU